AUGUACUUCGACUUCGCGGCCGCCUUCGCUUCGAUCGCGCACGACUUCCUCAUGGCCGUCUUCGAGUCGUUCAAUGGGCGCAUGUGCUCCGGAACUACGUUGCCGUACUCUACAGAGGGAACUUCUGCGACAUCGUGCUGGACGGGCGCCCGGUUCCGCGGCUUCGGCGUCCACCGGGGGAAACGUCAGGGAUGCCCCAUUUCCCCCCUGCUAUUGGCUGUCGCGGCGGGCCUGUUACUGCGCAGGCUGGCCUGGGCCGUCGCGUCGGGCACAUCGCGCGCCGACGCCGACGACGCAGCGUUCGCAGACCCGCUCCUCGUGCAGCAGUUCGGCCUGCUGGAACGCGUUUUCACUGAGUAUGCUCGCGUGUCUGGCCUGGAACUUAAAGUUCAAACGGCAGUUCUUGUCCCGCUCGGCCAGCUCUCCAACGAACAAGUCCGAGCACAUUUUCGGCGGGAGGUUCCGCUUUGGGGGGCCAUGGAAAUUUCAUAUUCUGCCAAGCAUGUUGGUUUCUACGUUGGCCCUGGCCGCGGGCUCAAAUCUUGGGAUUCUCCAUUCAAGAAGAUGGAAGACCCAGCGGUGGUGUGGGGGCAGCUGGGGGCUGGUAUGAUGUACACCAUCGAGGCUUACUGCGCGUCCGUCGCUUCAGUCACCGCCUUCAUCGCGCAGCUCGACCCCCACCCCGACGGCUUGCCAGAGGCCAUUGCCCACGUCGCGAAGGCACGGGUGGCCUUGCUCGAGGCCCACAGCAGCGGUG